CGUUCUUCAAAUCUUUUGAUCCCCAAAACAACGCCAAUAAUGAUUACGCUAGCCAAGACGCUAUCGACCCAGAUCACAAACUGCACUAAUAUACAGCAACUUAACCAAAUCUAUGCUCAUGUUAUCAGAAUCCAUAUGCUUGAUCUUUACACUGAGCCAUUUUAUUGGAAUACCAUCAUCAGAGCAUACACCAGGCUUUCUUCCCCUUCCAAGGCACUGUAUGUAACCAUAGCCAUGACCCGUGCCGGCGUUUACCCGGAUACCUACACACUACCCGUUGUUUUGAAAGCUGUGUCUCAAGAAAACAAGAUUUCGAUUGUCAGACAGCUUCAUACGGUUGCCAUGAAACAUGGGUUGGAGACGAAUUUGUUUUGCGAAAGUGGGUUAAUUAGUUUGUAUGCCAAAGCGGGUGAGUUUGACGAUGCACUUAAACUGUUCGAUGAAAGUCCUGAAAGAAAUCUUGGUUCUUGGAAUGCUGUUAUAGGAGGGUUGUCACAAGGUGGGUGCGCAAGGGAAGCUGUAGACAUGUUUUUCGAGUUAAAGAGAAGUGGGUUAGAACCAGACAACCUGACCAUGGUUAGUUUAACUUCAGCCUGUGGAACCUUAGGCAAUUUAGGGUUAGCUCUUCAGCUGCACAAAUGCGUCUUUCAAGCCAAGACCUUAAACAAAUCAGACAUUUUAAUGUCCAAUUCACUCGUAGACAUGUACGGGAAAUGUGGUAGAAUGGAUCUAGCUUAUCGGGUUUUCUCAAGAAUGCGUGAAAGAAACAUUUCUUCAUGGACAUCUCUAAUUGUAGGGUACGCAAUCCACGGGCAUGUCAACGAUGCACUACAAAGCUUCCAUCAAAUGCAAGAAGCCUCUGUUAGGCCUAAUGGUGUGACCUUUGUGGGCGUCUUGAGUGCCUGUGUGCACGGUGGAUUAGUACACGAAGGGAAACGGUACUUCAAUAUGAUGAAGAACGAAUACAGGAUCGAGCCAUGGUUGCAGCAUUAUGGGUGCAUGGUGGAUUUGCUUAGCCGAUGCGGGUUGUUGGAGGAGGCACGAGAAAUGGUGGAGGCGAUGCCGAUGGAAGGUAAUGUGGUGAUAUGGGGGAGUUUGAUGGGUGGUUGUGAGAAAUAUGGGAAUGUGAAGAUGGGAGAAUGGGUGGGGAAGCAUUUGCAGGAAAUGGAACCAUGGAAUGAUGGGGUUUAUGUGGUUAUGUCAAAUAUAUAUGCUAGUAAUGGAUUGUGGGAAGAUGUUGGAAGAAUGAGAAGGAUAAUGAAGGAGAGGAGACUUGCAAAGAUUCCUGGUUAUAGCUUGGGAGCAUGAACUCGAAGAGGUUAGCCAUCGUUAAAUUAAAGAUGGACAAAAACGGUUAACUGGUUGGAUUCUUAACCGGUCCGCUUCCCUGCUUCAUGAAACCUUAACGGACCAACCAGCGACAGAUCCGGGAUAUUUGUUGAAUGGGUGCAUAUUUAAGAUGGACCAAAGGCCCAUAAGGUUGCAGUGAUCCAUGGAAAAGUUAAUUGUGUCGAUUUGGGGAAUAAAAUACAUUUUUUCAAAUGGAAUUGAUCUUUUGAGUAAGACGCAAGACUAUUAGGCGUAAGCCCGAUGUAUUUUUAGCCGAGAUGCACCAUUUCGAGGGAAGUUUUU